CGAAGAAAAACUGAAGCCGAGUAGCCGACCCGUCCUCCCUCGCCUUACUUACCCCCAUCGUCCCCGGCCGCCGUACCCUUUCCUUCAUCUCCGAUCAUCGAAACCCUAACCCUGUUAUUCUUCAUCGAAGUUCACCCAAGCUAUGUCAUGGAGCUUGGGUUGGAAACGAGCAUCCGAGAUCUUCCACCUUACACUUGACUACGGUGACUCCAGCGACAAUGCUGACGAUCCGCCCCCUCCUUCCCUGCCUACUCAGCCUCCAGAGCCUCGUCCCUCCUCUAACGAGCUCGGGUUCCGGAUCGAUCUCGAGUGGUCGGCCGGAGAUGACGAGGAGCAGGUCGCACUCCGCCUCCAGUCGCAGCUCAUGGUCGCGCUUCCCCCGCCUCAGGACACAGUGCUCGUUGAUAUUCAUGAGAACGGUGGAGACGAGGGGGAGAACCUCGUUGGCGUGCUGAUGAAGGUGAUGAAGAGGCGGGAGCCGCUGCGGGGCGUGACGAUGUCUAAGGCGGCGGGGUCGGGGCAACAGAGCGACGGGGUCGGGGUUUUGACACGUCUGCUAAGGUCAGAUCUUGCGUCAACGGGGAGCAGAGAUGGGUUAUCCAGUUUGUCGGAGCAUUGGGGGGCCGUGACGGUUCUGAAUCUCUGUGGAUGCGGCUUAUCGGUAUUGCCUGUAGAGUUGAUGAAGCUUACGCUUCUUGAGAAGCUUUAUCUGAAUAACAAUAAACUUGCACAGCUUCCACCUGAACUUGGUGAGUUGAGAAGUUUGAAAGUGCUAAGAGCUGACAACAAUAUACUGGUAUCUGUGCCUGUUGAGUUGAGGCAGUGUGUAAUGCUAGUUGAGCUUUCACUAGAACACAACAAGCUCAUUCGCCCACUUCUGGAUUUCAGGGCUAUGUCUGAGCUUCGAGUUCUAAGACUAUAUGGUAAUCCACUCGAGUUCCUUCCUGAAAUAUUGCCAUUGCACAAUCUUCGACGUUUAUCUCUUGCCAAUAUUAGAAUUGUGGCAACGGAAAAUAUUAAAACAGUGAAUGUGCAAAUAGAGACAGAUAAUAGUGGCUACUUUAGUGCAUCAAAACACAAAUUAAGCCCCUUCUUCUCUCUUAUUUUCCGAUUUUCUUCAUGCCAUCAUCCCUUGUUGGCAUCUGCUCUAGCAAAACUCAUGCAAGACCACAAUAACCAUUUAGCCAUUAAUAAAGAAGAAAAUGCCAUACGACAGCUUAUAAGCAUGAUAAGCAGCGAUAACCGGCAUGUGGUUGAACAAGCUUGUUCCGCUCUUUCUUCAUUAGCAUCAGAUGUUUCCUUGGCAAUGCAGUUGAUUAAGUCUGAUAUAAUGCAACCCAUCGAGUCUGCUCUUAAAUCAGUUGGUCAAGAAGAGUUAAUGUCUCUUUUGCAAGUCAUGGUAAAUUUGGCAUUUGCUUCUGAUAGCGUUGCACAGAAGAUGUUGACAAAAGAUGUACUGAAAUCACUUAAGGCACUUUGUGCACACAAGAACAUAGUGGUUCAACGGCUAGCAUUAUUAGUUGUUGGCAAUUUAGCAUUCUGUCCCGUGAACCGUCGUAUGCUAGUUCAAUCCGAAAGCUUGCGUGAACUUCUCCUACGCCUGACAGUCGCACCUGAGCCACGUGUAUGCAAGGCUGCUGCACGUGCUUUGGCCAUUCUUGGUGAGAAUGAAAGCUUGAGGAAGGCAAUAAAAGGAAGGCCGGUUGGAAAGCAAGGGUUGCGUAUUCUUUCAAUGGAUGGUGGUGGCAUGAAGGGUUUGGCAACUGUACGGAUGCUUAAACAAAUUGAACAAGGCACUGGCAAGCGUAUUCAUGAAUUAUUUGACCUUAUUUGUGGCACUUCUACUGGUGGCAUGCUUGCAAUUGCUCUUGGAGUUAAACAGAUGACCCUGGAUCAAUGUGAAGAAAUUUACAAAGAACUAGGCAAAAUUGUGUUUACGGAUCCUAUUCCAAAAGAUAAUGAAGCCGCAAGCUGGAGAGAGAAGCUGGAUCAACUAUACAAGAGUUCAUCUCAAAGGUUUAGAGUUGUUGUUCACGGGUCUAAGCACAGUGCAGACCAAUUUGAAAGGUUGCUUAAAGAGAUGUGUGCAGAUGAGGAUGGUGAUCUCCUAAUAGAUUCAGCUGUGAAGACGAUCCCUAAGGUUUUUGUUGUGUCAACUCUUGUUAGUGUCGCACCAGCUCAACCAUUUAUAUUCCGAAACUAUCAGUAUCCUGUUGGUACCCCAGAGUUGUCCUCAGGGUUGGCUGAAAGUACUGCCUCCUGUGGCAUAGCAGCGGGUCCUGUUGGUCAACAUAGUAGUCAUCAUUGGGCCUUCAUGGGGAGCUGCAAGCACCGGAUAUGGGAAGCAAUAAGGGCAUCUUCUGCUGCUCCUUAUUAUCUUGAUGACUUUGCAGAUGAUUUAAAUCGGUGGCAAGAUGGAGCUAUUCUGGCAAAUAAUCCUACAAUUUUUGCCAUAAGAGAGGCACAGCUUUUGUGGCCUGAUGCUCGAAUCGAUUGCCUAGUUUCUGUUGGGUGUUGUUCUGUUCCAACCAAAGUUCGGAAAGGUGGGUGGCGUUAUUUAGAUACAGGACAAGUACUGAUAGAGAGCGCAUGCUCAGUUGAGCGGGUGGAGGAAACAAUGGAUACAUUGAUGCCUUUGCUUCCUGACAUGCAGUAUUUCCGGUUCAAUCCAGUGGAUGAGCGAUGUUGUAUGGAGCUAGAUGAGACUGACCCUGCUGUCUGGCUUAAAUUGGAAGCUGCAACUGACGAGUAUAUCCAGAAAAGCUGUCUGGCUUUUGAGAGUCUGUUUGAACGUCUACUUUCAAGGAAUGCCAAUGAGGACAAAUUGGCUGAAAAAUUAAAGAGUCGCCAUGCGUACAACUCAAAACUUUCAGAUGCAGUGCUUGAUGAUGACAGCCCUUCAUUGGGGUGGAGGCGGAUGGUCCUGCUUGUUGAGUCAUCAUAUAAUCUUGACUCUGGAAAAGCUGUUAAUCAUGGUCGAGCACUUGAGGCAUUUUGUGUUCGUACUGGCAUUAAGCUAUCUUUUACAAACAGGUCUUCAGGAUUUUCUAUGCCAACAACUUCAUUUCCUACUCCCUUCACAUCGCCAUUGCUUACAGGAAGCUUCCCCUCUAGUCCAGUUAUUUAUAGUCCUGAAGGUGGUCCUCAGAGAAUGAGCCGUAUUGAUUUGGUGCCACCGCUUAGUUUGGACGGUCAUUCUCUUGCGAAGGCAACAUCCCCUACAUCUCCACUAUCAUGGCAGCCUUCCAUUAAUGUACUUUCUUUAAAUGAGAAGCUACAAAGUUUGCCUCAAGUCGGCAUUAUUCAUUUAGCCCUGCAAAAUGAUUCAACUGGGUUAAUCUUAAGCUGGCAGAAUGAUGUGUUUGUGGUGGCUGAGCCUGGAGAGCUAGCAGAUAAAUUUCUCCGAAAUGUUAAGUCGAGCCUAUCAAUGAUGAUGCGAGUUCGCAAAAGAAAAGAUUUUUAUUCCCUAUCAAAGAUUUUUUCUAUAUCAGAUUUGGUCGCCCAUUGGCGACAAUUUGAAGUUGGUGGUAUUCUUCAUCGUUAUAUUGGCCGCCAAACUCAAGUGAUGGAGGAUAACCAGGAAAUUGGCGCAUAUAUGUUUCGAAGGACACUUCCAGCUAUUCAUUUGUCAUCUGAGGAUGUCCGCUGGAUGGUUGGAUCUUGGAGAGACAGAAUUAUAAUAUGCACAGGCAAAUGUGGCCCAGCUCCAAGUUUGGUGAAAGCCUUUCUUGACAUGGGAGCUAAAGCUGUGAUCGCUUCCUCACUAGAACCACCUAAUGCUGAAUCUGUGGCACUUAACGGCGCUGGUGAAUACGGCGAUUUUGAAAACGGAAAAUUUGUGAUUGGUGAUGAUGAGGCCGACGAUGAUCCAGCUGAACCAUCCAGUCCUACGAGCGAUUGGGAAGACAGUGAUACGGAGAAAGCUCGUCCAAUUGACAUGGAUGACAAUGAUGAAGAAGAACUUUCCAGAUUCGUUUGUGAUUUAUAUGAUAUGUUAUUUCGAGACGGCGCAACGGUUAACAUCGCUGUAAACCAUGCACUGAACUCUCAUCCAAAGUUAAGGUACAUAUGUCACCUUCCUUGUACUACUUAAAAUAUGGAUAAUUUAUACAACAUGAAUAAGCAUACAUCAUAUAGAGAAGGAAAAUGAGAUGAUAUAGAGGAAGUUAUAUGCGUAGAAAGGCAUUAAAAAUGUUGAGAAUCUAUUUUUGGAAUGAUAUCCUUAUUCAAAAAGAAAAUGUAACGAGUUCUUCAUAGAGAUUUGUAGAUGUUUUAUCUAAUAAUUCAAUAUCAUUUAUGGUC